GACUUUGUCUCUUCCUUUCUGCCAUUUGCUUCCAUUUCGGCUUCACCUCUCUGACGAGAUAAAAACCGCGUAGACCCGACAGUACUUUCACUAAAUCACCGCGCCGUCGCUUUAAAUAAUCCCUUCCUCAUUUCCACUUCGCCUUCUCUCCGCUCAUGACACGGCCAAAACGAAGUCUUAAUGGACGCCAAGCUCAACCGUUCAAAACCGAAACUCGAUCGCCGAAAUGCCAUCAAGAACAUUGAGUACGACCCUUCUUCUUCUUCUUCUUCUUCUUCUUCUUCUUCUUCUGCUGCUGCUUCGUUCUACGUCGGUGAGUCGCCGACGCCUCGGACUCUUUCUCUCGACUUGGACCCCAAAACCAGUUUUCGUAUCAAGGGAAUUGAUGGUGAAUUCGACCUUCUAUGUCAGAUUUUCGGGUUUUCCGGUAUUGAAGAUUUUGCCAUUCCUACAGCAGUAUGGGAGGCUCAAAAAGCUCGCCAGUCUUCCUUUGAUAGUGGCUUGCGUUUGCGUAAUACGGCUGAGCCGGAUGUGUUACCUGCUCCAUUUGAACCUAGGAUUGUGAUUGCUAAAGCUGAUGCUGGUUUUAAGCUAGAAAAUGAGAGUUCCAAGCUGAAGAUUGGUGCUGAUUUACUUCGGUUUCAAAAUGGAGCCAGUGUUAGUGAUGAAGGUAAUCUGGUUCGUGUGGAGGCAACUGGAAAUGGUGUCACUGACUUCAGCAAACAUGAAGGUGAGUUUUCUAAUUUGAGGAAUGGUUCGAAUUUAGCUGAGUUCAGUCGUGGAGCUGGAUUCGGGCGACAUAGAAUUAGCGUGAGAACCAUUAGGGACCGAGGCAGCAGUGUAGGGAUUAAUGGUGAGAGACCGCCGGUUUUGGCGCCUCCACCGGCGUUGUUGCGGCUGCCCGUGGUUGAUAAUAUGAGCUCAACGUGGGAUAUAUUGAAAUCUUUGGCUCCUCAGUGUGUUGAAGAUUUGAAUUCGAUUGAAGAGAACGAGAAGGAGGAUGAUGAUGUAGAUGAAGGGAAAGGACAAUUAAAUAGGGAGAGGAUACCGGAGAAUGAAGUUCUUUCUGAAGUUUGCUCUUUUCCGUCAAAUGAUGGUCACAACAGCGCCGGCGGUGAUGAUAGAUAUGCUGCAAGCGUCACAGUAAUGGAGGCCGUGUAUUGUAUUUCUCCAAAUGGGAAAUUCACAAGAAGUAUUAGUUCGUGGCAGAAGGGUGAACUUUUAGGAAGUGGAUCUUUUGGAACAGUGUAUGAAGGAUUCACCGAUGAUGGAUUCUUUUUCGCUGUAAAAGAGGUUUCUUUGUUGGAUCAAGGAAGCCAAGGGAAGCAGAGUAUUUUGCAACUUGAGCAGGAGAUUUCUCUAUUGAGAAAGUUUGAACAUGGGAAUAUAAUUCAAUACCUUGGAACAGACAAGGAUGAAGCUAAGCUUUACAUCUUUCUUGAGCUAGCAACAAAAGGUUCACUUGCAAGACUUUAUCAGAAGUACCAUUUGAGGGAUUCUCAAGUCUCUGCAUACACAAGACAGAUUUUGAGUGGUUUAAAAUAUCUUCAUGACCAGAAUGUGGUUCAUAGGGAUAUCAAAUGUGCCAAUUUACUAGUGGAUGCAAAUGGAUCUGUAAAACUUGCAGAUUUUGGGUUAGCGAAGGCAACCAAGUUAAAUGAUGUUAAAUCUUGCAAAGGAACUGCGUAUUGGAUGGCCCCAGAGGUUGUUAACCUAAAGAAUCGUGGCUAUGGACUCGCAGCUGAUAUUUGGAGCCUUGGAUGUACUGUGUUGGAGAUGUUAACUGGUGGACCGCCAUACUCUCAUUUGGAAGGCAUGCAAGCAUUGUUUAAGAUUGGCCGGGGCGAGCCUCCUCCUGUCCCUGAUUCGUUAUCAAGAGAUGCCCAGGAUUUCAUCCGUCAAUGCUUACAAGUCAAUGCAAAUGUCCGGCCUACUGCAAAACAACUGUUGAGCCAUCCAUUUGUGAAGAGACCACUUCAAACUUUCUCCAUACCCCCUUCCCCUCGUAGCAGCUAACAAUCAUGAAAAAUUUUGACCAUCAUCUUUGUUAAGGAGCAGGCGAACACAAAACGCAGUGACCAUUCGUGUUGUGGUAGUUAAUGUUCCGGAGAAGAGCUAAGGAUGCAUUAAGUUUGUAUAUGGCCGUUGAAUAGUAAUUGCCGUUGCAAGCGACGUGAUGCAUGAACAUAUUCUUUUUGACAUUUAGUUCCUUACAAAUUGGUUUGGGUAUGCAAUUUCUAGAAUUAGUUCCCAUUUUUGCAAUAGAAGUUCAAUUAUUUUGCCCUCAUCACCUCUUUCACAUUUUGGGAUAGCAGCACCAGGCAAUCUUAUUUCCCUUUUUCUCUUUUUUCUUUUUGUGUUAAUUGUUAGUGUAUAAUACAUAUUUGUGUUGUAUGAGAAACAAGAGAAAAGGAAAAAUGGCUCAAUGAGAUGUAUAUCUUCAGCAA